AUGACACAAAAAUUAAACAAAUGGGAUUGCAUCCUAGAACCUAUUAUCAAAAAUAAUGUUUACAUGUAAUAUUUUUAUUUAAUUUUAAGUUCAGGUUUAUAUUUAGCAGACAUUGAUUGUGCACUUAGCUUAGAUCUUUUAAAAUCCUUACAAAUUGGAGCUUUAUUAAGUAUUAUUGAUGAGCCUAAAAUUGACGCUUCUGCUUANUCUAAAAAUGGUUCUUUGUCUAAUCCUCUCUUUAGUCCUUGUAAAUGUAAUAAUCUUCAUUAUUAAUUAUUUUAGGUAUUGGUUCUAUGAAAUAUGUUCAUCUUAAUUGUUUAUAAAUUUGGAUUCAGUAAUCAAUUAAAAUUAAAAAUCAGCAAUCUUCUAUAUAAUAUAUUUGGAAAAAAAUGGAAUGUGAAGUCUGUAAAAUGCCAUUACAAAGUACUUAUACCUACUAAGGCUAAAUAUUUUGUAUAAUGUAAAUUUAAAAACCUAUUGUUCCAUAUAUGAUUUGGAAAAUAACAUCUGAUGAUAAAUCUAAAGAAGGUAUCAUUUAAGUCAUGGAAUUAAUUGAUAAAUAAGAUAUUAAAAUCGGAAGAGUCCCUGAUUGUGAUAUCAAAUUAAAAGAUAUCUCGGUUUCAAGAAAUCAUGCUCUUAUCAAAGUAAUUAAAUCAGAAUAUAAUUAAUACAAAUUACUUCUCUAAGAUAAUAACUCUAAAUUUGGAACAUUAUUACAUGCCUCAUCUGGUAAAUUACUUAAAUAUGAAUUAUAAUCUCCAUAAAAAGUUCUCUAUCAAAUUGGACGAGUUCUCCUUCAUGUUUAAUUAAAAGAAAAAGGCAAAUCUUAUAAUAAAUAGUAUUUACUAUCUUUUUAUUCUAGAUUUACUUGUUAUAGACAUCCAAAUCAAAUUUUAGUCUUCCCUAAAAAAAGUAUUAAUGAAUAAGCUACUAUUGUUCCAAAUCUUGAAAAAGACAAAGACAAUCAACUAUCAUUCUAAACCCAUAAUGAAUUAAAUCAGGAUGACAUAGUUAUUAAUGUUAAAUAAAUAUGA